GGGAUAUCAUACCUGGUAUCUAGAUCACAGUAUACAUUUGUCAGAGUGACGGUGCACAUUUCAAAUUUCUAAAGUAUACAAUAAGACUCAGACUUCAAGCCACUCCCAAAUCAGCCUACUUUCCACACCGACUGUAUCGCAAUUACACUACAUUGUUUAAAUUACGAGCUAUCUAGAACCAAUUUGUUUACUUAUUGAAAGUGUUGGGACAGCUAAGGAAAUGUCAAAACAUGUGGCAGUAGUUACUGGUGCCAAUAGAGGCAUUGGAUUGGCGAUUGUGAGGGAACUUUGCAAGGCAAAAUUUCCUGGGGAUGUUAUUCUUACUGCUCGAAAUGAGAAACUUGGAAAUGAGGCAGUGGAGACGCUGAAGUUAGAAGGAUUUGAAGUUGCUUACCGCCACCUUGAUAUCUGCGACCAGGGAAGCGCCAUUGAACUGAGUAACUUUCUGCGGAAGACCUAUGGAGGAUUGGAUGUUUUCAUUAACAACGCAGGAUUUGCCUUUAAAGUUGACGCAUCUGAGCCUUUUGGGGAACAGGCUGAAGAGACCAUGCGCACCAAUUUUUGGGGCACCCUGUGGGUUUGCCGUGCUCUCUUUCCCCUCCUCAGACCAAAUGCUCGAGUGGUCAAUGUCUCCAGCUUUGUUAGCAAGAAGGCUCUUGAUGCAUGCAGCCCUCAUCUACAAGCCAAGUUCCGUGACACUGAGCUCUCUGAGGAGGAUCUGUGCUUGCUGAUGGGGGAGUUUGUAAAUGCUGCUAAGCAGGGUAACCACCAGGCCCAGGGCUGGCCAGACUCAGCCUAUGGCACAACAAAGAUUGGAGUGACCGUGCUUUCCAGGAUUCAGGCUCACAUUCUGACUAAGACCCGGCCAGAUGAUGGAAUCCUGCUCAACGCCUGUUGCCCUGGCUGGGUCCGCACUGACAUGACUAGUGACAACGGCCCUAAGAGCCCUGAGGAAGGAGCACAGACCCCUACCUACCUGGCACUACUUCCAGAGGGCGCCAAGGAGCCACAUGGGCAGUUGGUGUGGGACAAGACCGUUCAGGAAUGGUAGAGUGAAGACGGACUGAAGUUAACCUCAUCUCAACCAGCCUUGAGUUUUGGCCUACAGGCCUUCCUUCAGAGCGGUUCAAUAACCCAUGAUAAAAGCUGUUUGAUGCAUUUUUCCACAAGGGAAUGUGGUUGCUCUAUUUUCUAAAUGUGCGCCUCACUUGAUUGAAUAAUUUGUGUCAUUGUUCUAACCAUGCAGUAAAAAUACCUUGAUCUCAAUGCUUCCCUUGCUCUGAAUAAAGGUGGAAUAAAAAUUUUA